AUGUUUAGUACGCGCGGUAUCGCCUUGAUCAUCUCGACGCUAGUCCUCCUAGCUAUCAGCACAUUAUGCUUUUUCCUGCGAGUUGUGGCCAUCUACAUGCGAAAGCGAGGGUGGAGAUCGCAUGAUUAUUUUGCAGGAUUGUCGCUGUUCUGCCUCACGGGAUACGUCUGCGAUGCCAUCGUCGGAGUGGCCGCAGGUGGAUACGGCGCCCACGUCCGCACCGUCCCCUACAACAAACUCGUCAUCUCACUGAAAGUCUUCUUCGCCUCGGAAUGGUUCUGGGCAACAUCAGUGGCCUCCUUCCGUAUCGCCAUCCUACUCCUCUACGUGGACAUUUUCCGCAAGCGCGUCUUCUUCUGGGCGGCUGUUAGCACGGGUCUACUAGUCGUGCUCUACUGGGUUGCCUCGAUCCUCACCAUCGCGCUCCUCUGCCGCCCCAUCAACGUCAACUGGAACCGCACCACCACAGGCACCUGUGGCGAUCUCCGCAAGACUGAGUUUGCCUCGGCGGGGUUCAACAUGGGCAUCGACCUGCUGGUGGUGCUCCUCCCAAUGCCUGUCGUCUGGACAUUGCAAAUGUCCAGGGAGAAGAAGUUUGGCGUGACGGCUGCUUUCACCUUAGGAAUGAUAACAGCAGCCGUCAACCUCGGCCGCCUCAUCCAAACCAGCAUCUGCUCCUCAGCGGACCUAACCUACUGCGCCAUAGACAGCUCCAUCCUCGUCACAGCCGAGAUGUCAUCAGGGAUCCUAGUAGCAUGCGUCCCCACCCUAGGGCCAAUACUCUUCCGCACGCGGGCGCGAAACCUCGACCCGCAGCCCCGUCGCAAGAUGCCCACCAUCGGCUCGCUGCGAAACUGGUCGCGCCGUCACAGACAGUCUCCAGAUACAUUACUUGAGUCGCACGAUAGCGAAUACGAUUGGGAUCGGUCGAAGUCGCUUACAGCUGUCCAUGAGGGCGCUAAUACGGGGACUGGGUCCACGAUGCAUUCCGUGGAGGCGGGGGAGGGUCUUGCUCCUCCUGCGGCUGCUGUGUUGAGGGGCGAGGGGGUUGGGGUGAGGAAUGAGUCGGGGGUGGAGAGGGGGGGUGGUGGGUAUGGGGUUGUAUGA